UGUCAUUCCAUUUUCGUUUUUACUUUGAUUUUUUUUUUCUUUUCUUUUUUCUCUCUGGUUGUUUCUUCGGCGGCUGAGAGACAAUGGCAGAGGAGCAGAAGAUAGCCUUAGACACAGAGUCUCCGGCCAAGGUUGCGGCUCCAGCUCCGGUGGAGAUUCCUGCUCCAGCCCCUGUUCCGGCUCCGGCUCCGGCUCCGGCUGAUGUCACUAAAGACGUUACGGAGGAGAAAAUUCAAGACCCACCUCAGGAGCAUAUUUCGGAUGAUUCCAAAGCCCUUGCCGUUGUUGAGCAACCUGUAGAGGAGCCUGCACCUACCAAAUCUUCGUCUGCUUCUCUCGAUAGAGAUGUUAAGCUAGCUGAUUUGUCAAAGGAGAAGAGAUUGUCUUUCGUCAGAGCGUGGGAAGACAGCGAAAAGAGCAAAGCAGAGAACAAAGCCGAGAAGAAGAUCUCUGAUGUUCUUGCUUGGGAAAACAGCAAGAAAGCCGCUGUUGAAGCGCAGCUCAAGAAAAUCGAGGAGCAACUAGAGAAGAAGAAAGCAGAGUAUGCAGAGAGGAUGAAGAACAAGGUUGCAGCGAUUCACAAGGAAGCAGAAGAGAGAAGGGCAUUGGUCGAAGCUAAGCGUGGAGAAGACAUUCUCAAAGCAGAAGAAACUGCUGCUAAAUACAGAGCCACUGGAACUGUUCCAAAGGCAACUUGUGGGUGUUUCUAAUCUUAUUAAUUUGCAAAUCAAGUUUCAUGUGUUUUCAACUGUAAAGUGUUACAAUUUGUUUGUUCUCUCCAAUGUGAUUGUAAUCUUGUUUGUAUAUUGAUUUGGUGUGUGAAAAACGUCAAAGAGUGAAAUAUAUUUGUUCAUUGUUUCA